AAACUGACUAUCUUUUGGUUACACCUCCAAACAGGAAAGAAGAACUCUCUCCUGCUCCAGAAAUUCCAGAAGGAUCUGAACGCUGGCGUCUUCAACACUCAGGAGAACGAGCUGCUGAAGCAGAUCAUCCGGCAGGACCGAGAGAUGGUGAUGAUGGUGGAUCGGAAGCAAUCGGUCACGGGGAUGAACUCCACGCCGAUGUCUGGAAACUCCAUCAUUAACUCUCCCGCCCAGCCACCGUUCAGUACAGCAACUGCCAUUCUUGGGAUCAACCAAUUACAGCAGCAGGCCGCCCCACUAAGCUACAGCACCUCCGCUACAAUAACCCCGUCAGGCCGUGUGCCGCCCUCACAGGGCGUCACGUUUUCGGCGCCGAGUGUUUCUCACGGCAACUUGAGCACCUCUUCCCCAACCCCCCCUACGCCCUUGCAGCAGCCAGCAGGGGCGAUCAUGUCUCCUUGUUCGUUCACCACAUCCAUUUGCAGUCCCCCAGUGCAAACCCCUAUGGCCAGCCGAACAUUCCAGUACGGAUCGCUGACGGCCUCCCAACUGUCCCUUGUACAGCAACCCUUACCCCAGCAGCCCUCGCCUGCCUCCAUACCACAACAACCGCCGCAGCAAUCACAAGGGGCGUCUCCUCAGAGGAGCGAUGUCCACAAGAGCGCACAGGCACUCCAGUCAGGUAGCCUGAGCAAGGACAUACGCCACCUCUCUGCCUCGCAGCCGUCAUUGCCCCACGAAACCUCAUUGGCUGCCCGGGCACAUCCCAUAUCGGGCGAAUCGCUCGCUUCCAUUCAGCCACCCAUUGGAUCCGUGGCAGGCGUCCAGGCCCCGGGCUCCGUCCUGCAAAGCGGCAUCCGCACCAACGUUCCACAGAGGGUCGCCCUUUUCCGGCAGAUGUCAUCGGGCGCAUUACCGCCGGUGCGCACGGCACCCUCUAGUGCUCAGCACAGGGAUUCCACGGGCUCCAGGAGAGAGUCGGCAGUCUUAAGCAGUACAGAGACGGAACAAGACAAGAUGCGGUUCGCAUCGAAUUUAUGAUCCCAUUUUACUUUUUUUCAUGUUCAUUUUUUUAAAAGAUAUUUUUACGGAGAGACUAAAAAAUGGGGAAAAGACUUGUAUUUUUUUCCCACCAACUUCCUCUGAGAAAAAAUAACAACCUCAUAGCUAUCCUGUACAGAAUUUCCUUAUACUAUAUUUUAGACACACUUCCCCUUCAACUUAAGAAUGUAUAUUAUACAAACAUAUAUGUGCAAAUCCAACUAGAAUAUUUGGCAUUGACCAUGAGAAAAAAAAACUCUAGUAUAAACACAAGUCUUCCUCUCUAACAUAUGUGACUAUAAUGUGUCUGAAGAUGUUCUUUUCUGUUGAUGUUUUCCUUACAGUUUGGAUUUUUCGUUAUUGGAAUGCUUUUGAAUGUGUUUUAUUUACCAUUUUUGUUCUCAACGAGAAGAUGACAAAACAAGUCCAGCAUUCAGCAGCUUUUGGCAUCACUGUGGAAAAUGUUUGCGCAAAUCGAACCUGGGAAUUACUGAAAUGUUUAAAAAGCACAUCUCAAACUUUUAACAGCUGGAAAAAUAUAUAUUAUCAGAAAAUGCUCAGAGCAUCAAAUCAAGGUGCAGUUUCGAUCUCUGCAAUACUUUGUGUUGUGCAGUAAUUGCGUUGUGUUUCAAGACAGCAUUUGUGCAUUAAAGGGAAUGUAUUUUUUCUGUUUUUUAUUUUAAUUUAGUUUAUUUUUUACAAAGGAUGUGUGGUCAAAUUGGAUGGUUUUAUUUUCUGUAUCUGAUUUAAGAACGAGACGGACAUUAUGAAAUGUCACUUAAAGACUGUACAUUUACAAUAUUUAUAAAACUAAAGAUUAUCACCAUUAUGCAAUAGACUGUGAUACAAAGAUUACCUAUAUGUGUGUUGUACAUAGUUUUGUAGAACUAGUAUUUACAAAAGUAAUGUGUGGUGCAUUUCUCAAACAUGGCAAUGUCUUAUCUCUGUCAGCCACCUGGGUAAUGCCUAUAUAUGCAUAUGCAUAUAUAUAUAUAUUCAAAUGGUAAUAUGUGACAACAAACAUCAGAAACAUUAAUUAGAGAUAAGAAAACCUUAAUGCAAAUAGUAGCAUUACACAGUAGGUAGUACUAAAGACAAUAUCUGUAUUCAAAAAUAUCAUGCUGGUCAAAUAUAAAGGUAUAUGAGUGAUUACAGUGGCACGACACCACU